AAUUUAGCGCACUUCCUUCCGGAAAUCUUUAGUUUACAUGGAGAUGGUGCGAAAGAAAGCGAUGUUUUCACUUGUUUACAAGUGCUUCAGAUGAAAAAGAGAUAAAUACCCAAUCUGAAAUUAAGGUAUCAUAUUAAAGAUGCCCAACAACGAAGUUAAUGGUCAUGGGAGAGUGGAAGAAUUGAAUUAAUUCAAUCAAGAAGUUAAGAAUAGCAGACAAUUUGGUCAACAUGAAGUUGGAGAACUUUCUUGAGGAUGAAGAUGAAGCACAGGCACAAGAGACUGAACAAAAAUAUAACUUAAGGAAACCCAUCAGGCCCUAUGUGUGCUCAACUCCAGAGGACUUCAACGAAGAGAAAGAUUUCCUCAUCAGUGAGAUAUUUCCAAAAAUUCAUGAACUGUGCAAGUUACGAGGCGGCAACUUUUUGCCGUAUGACAUCAGAUGGAAUCCGAGUGGUGAUGAGGCAGCAUCAGGGAAUUUGUUGAAAUUAAAUCUGGAUUAUAUAAGCAAGAGUUCUCCAUUCUUCAUCUGCCUUUUGGGGGAGAGUUAUGGACCUUAUCGACAUGUGGAAAGACCACCUCUACCUCGAAAACUGACAAACGUGGAGGAACUCACUGACAUGGAUUGGAUGGAUAAAAACUAUUUAAUGGCUGCUUCAGCUGGGUAUACAUGGGUGCUACAAGAAAGCCAUCAAAACACUAGUUUUACUGAGUUAGAGAUAAUUCAGGCUGCAUUUCUAUGUGACAGCAGAUACUGCCAUUUCUAUAUUAGGCAGCCCGAGCACUUGGAUGUUAAAUUCGGACAUUUGGCUGAGGAAAAGCGAAUGAAACUCAGCAGGAUACACUUACCAGAAAAUGAAUAUGCAGAUCUUAAUAUUCGUGAUUUGAAGCAGAGAAUAGUGAAGAAGGCACUGCCUGUGAAGUACUAUAGGACUAAUGAAGAGCUCGGUAGACAUGUGAUGAGGGACUGGACAAUGGUGUUAGAUGUUGUGUACCCGGCCUUGGAACAGCCACUCUCUAAUCUCCAGUCAGAAGAGUAUUGUGAGUGGGUGGCUAAUGAGGUGUUCGCUGACAGCAGACGACAAGUAUUUGUGACGUCUGUUGAGCUAAAUCGACUGAGGGAGAAGAUGACAUCAUUUGCUCUUGAAGUGCUGGAUGAAAAUGUUUAUGAACCUGAAGAAAAGAUGGUGGAGAGGCCCUAUUCAAUUCUGAAUGUCCUGAAAAAGAAAGAGCAAGUGGAGGCCCGGUAUAAAUCAAUCAUGGUCGUCCAUGGCGACAGAGGAAGUGGAAAGAGCACCUUGAUCAGUAAUUGGAUCCAAAAAUUCAAGGUCGAAUACCGUGAUGUCAAGGUCAUUUGUCAGUAUGUGGGCUGUAGUGGAAGAUCAGCUGACAUUUCUAUCUUUCUCAGACACUGUAUCAAAGAACUAAGGGAGGAGUAUCUCAGGCCAGUUGAAUGUUCGUCAGAGGGAGGGCUAACGGAGGAAGACCAGCCCUGGACAUUCCAGGAGGUGUGUCAGGCUUUUGUUGCCGCCCUGUCUCUGGGCCCAGUCGUCAUUGUCAUUGAUGGGGUGGAUGAGAUUGGCAACACUCUUGGACUAACCAUAAGACAGGUCAAAGAGUUGAAGUGGCUGCCCUUCCCUUUACCCCCCCAGUGUAGAAUUAUCAUCACUUCCUGUCGUUCAGACCUAACGUACCAUUCCUUAUCAUCAAGAAAAGACACAAUCUUACACACCGUACCCUCCUUCCACUCUCCCAAAAUCCAGAAAGCAUUCUUAGAGGACGCCAUGUUACAGCAUUUUGACCAUUUGAAUGAAGAAAAUGUUCAACAGGUCCACGACAUGAAGCUCUCCAGCAAGCCUCUCUUCUUAUCCCUGCUGGCUGGUGAGAUGUGCUGUUUUAGUGUCUACACUGGGCUGUUUGAUUACCUGGAAGAGGUGGGAGAGAAGAUUUCUUCCCUGAGGGACUAUUGUCUUCGCUGCUUCCAGCGGUGGUCAAGAGAGAUGAGCUGGACCAAAGAGAAUCUUUAUGGAGAGGUGGAUGAUGACGACCUCCUAGAAUUAGAGGGCUGGAUUCCGGAUACCUUACGGCUCCUAGCAGUCUCCAGGACUGGACUCUCACAAGGUGAAAUUUUUACCCUGUUGAGAGGACUUGGUUACAGAAAUUCUAAAGAAGUUCGGAAUUUCCAGUGGCUUCAGUUCUGCACAUGCUUCAAGGACUGGAUCUAUGAGCUGCCCAGUGGGCAGGUUCAGUUUGCUCACCAGCAUCUGAAAGAAAUCGUGGAGUAUGUUUUACUACGAGGUGCCACAAAAAAGGAUGUUAGUCCUCGCCGCAAAACGGCAGCGCUCAAUUCCCUGAAGGCUGGAGGUGGUGCUUGUGAAGUGGUGUCCACUGGAGAGUCUGAAAAAGAGUGGAAGGGUCAAAAGAACCGAUUCCACAAACAGGUGGCUAAAUACUUCCUCAAACAGCCAUUCAAUCAACGGGUGCUGGAAGAGUUACCAUGGCAACUGCUGAUGUCAGGCGACAUGGAUACUCUCCUUCAAGUCCUUAAUGAUCCCCUGAUGAUAGAAGGGUUUCUGGACGAGAAGAAGCAAAACCCCUCCAACAGACUGGACCUAGCCUUCUUCUGGUCUCUGGUGAAAGAGGACGGAAAAGAUGUUUGUACUAUGUACCAGAAACUCCUGAUCAGACUGGGUAUAAUGGAGGAGGAGAGGGAGGAGGUUCAACCCUAUCAGAAUGGAGAGGAUCUGGAACUCGACAGUGUCACAAGUGAAAUUUCAUCACAUGAAGAUGAGACAACGUCCUCCAAGGAAAACAUCCACAUGUCCGUACCUCUGAUUGUAACAUACCCGCCCACCAGGGAGCUGUCUGCCGUGACGGAGGAGUCCAUCACUAGCAGUUUGGGGGUCAGGACACCACAUCACUACAGACUGGGGGAGACGAUAGAUGAACUGAAGGAGGAUCUGGUAGAUGAACAGAAAGAGGAUCUGGUAGAUGAACAGAAGGAGAGUGAGAGAAGUAAAGCGACAGAUUCUAAAAAUGGUGCUAUCUUUUUGACUGAGACAAAGGCAGAAACACCAGGUGCAGAUUCCCCUUUGCUCUAUCAAACUCAUGAAAUAUGCAACACAAUUAAAAUUGCCUGGCUGGUUGCAAAUUUCCUCAAAGAUCUGGGUCAUAUGGAUGUCACUGAGAAAAUACUGACAGCCCUGAACAAGAAGCUUGUUAAGAGUUAUCCCCUUGAACACGAUGACAUGCUGAUUCACGCCCGAGUCCAGGAAUCCCUAGGGAAGUACUGCCAACACAGAGGGGAGUUAGAUCUCUCCCAGAAAUAUUUCACCAAAUCUCUCCGCAUCGUCACCGAUCUUGAAGACUUAGACGAAGAAUCAACGCUCAAUUUCACUGAAUUGGAGAAUCUGAAAGGGAAACUUCUGUCUCACCUUGGUAACCUCCGAAUGAAUGAGGGCUUGAUAGAGAGUGCUGAGGAUUUACUGAUGGAGGCGCGGAAUGCAGUGGAAAACAGUGGCAACCUUACAGCCAAAGCCACUAUCAUGUACAACUUAGGACUUCUGAGAAUGCAACAACAGGACUUUAUCUUAGCGGAAUCUAGUUUACGUCAGGCUUUAAACAUCAGGGAACAAUGGUUUGGAAAGUCUCACCCUCUUGUUGCAGAAGUUCUGUGUGCACUAGCAGAAUUAAUGGGUAAUCCUGACAACUAUCGCGGGUUUGACAGAGUACGAUCGGAGAGUGUGUACAGAAAAGUGCUGAAGAUUCGAGAGGAAUUUCUUGGAAUUGACCAUCUGGCUGUGGGGGACACCCUGUUACAGCUAGGGAAGUUAUUACAAGAUGAAAUAAAUUAUGGAGCCAAGUGCGAGGCCGUGCAGUUGCUGCGAAGAGCUCUAGAUAUUAGGACAACAAAGCUCGGAGGAGACCACAUCGAUACCAGAGCCGUGCGACAAUAUCUCAGUCAACUGGAAAUUUCACUUAAGAUGGGAAGAUACGAGUUUGGACCCGCUAGACUGACAGACACACGAACACCUGAGCGACCCUUUAGUAAACUUUCCUGGCGGGAGAAAGAUCUGGCAAACUUGGACAAACGUGCAAGAUCUCAGAGUGCAAGUCGCAGUUCUAGUUCUGUGUUGAGGUCACACCCUUCAAGUUAUAAAGAUGGACAAUCUAUUAGUCGACAUAGCAGCGUUAGUCAUCUUAGCGCUUCUGAAAAACUUUUAAUGGACGCAGAACGUCCAAGGUUAUUACAUCGUGAUUUUAUGGAUCGGAAGUUGAAAACUUCUUCUCCGUCAUCAGAAGUUAAUCCCCAAAAGCGACAAGUUACGGUUGAAAUUAAAGUUGAAGAUGAUGCUGAUACGUCUCAAAGGAUGGACUUCGAAACUAGAAUGGCAGAUGCCCAGAUCGAUAGCUUUGGAGACGAAAUUCGUCAAACAGAAAACUUAGGUGGGCAAGAAGUUAAAAGAGCUCAAUUUGUAGAACAUCUAGAAAGUGGUCCAGUUAAAUUAUUCAAGCGAUAUAGUAGUGCUGGUAGCUCUCGGUCAUCAGUAUCUCGGGGUUUAGUUCGUGGAAAUAGUGCUAAAAGUUAUCAGAGUUCGCACGUAACAGGUUACAGUUCACAGUCGCGAACCAGCGUCCGAAGUGGACAGUCUCGACGAAACGCCCCGGGACCACACGCAAUUACUCCCGGGAAUACACACUCGGUAACCACGGGGCCAAAUUCGACACUAGACAGCCUCCUCCCGCGAUCACCACGUGACCAAAUACGAACCAUUCACCAUCGUUCUGCCUGGUAUCACGUACCUGGUCGCUAUGCAACUUCCCAGAAACCGAUCCCGCCGAAGCGUUCUCAGAAAACACAAGAAGCUAAGGAGAUGGAACACCGCUUGUUUGGUAGCAGGGCCCCCAGUAGAGAAACACAGCAAGCACUGUAUCGGAAACAUCCAAAAAUUAAUAAAGUGAAACCCAUCACCCCUGGUAUAUCUAGAGACAUUAACAAAGAAUUUGGAAUGACAGUUAAAGGUAUAGGUCCUGUGAUUUCUAACGGGUAUUACAGUAAUCCGCCACAUGAUUAUGCGGUGGACCCGUAUGUAGAUGAAGAUUAUGAACAGCAUCAUACAACUGUGAAAUUUAAGGAGGCUGUCUUCGUGGAAUAAAACAAUAGGUGUAUUAGGUGUGAAUAUGUUACGGAUAUUCAAUUGUGAACAGUUUUCUCAACACACGAGAUGAAAUUAUUUGAAAUUAAUACACAAUAGAGGACAGAAAAUGACGCUUAUUGGAGCAUGAGAGAUACAAAAGGUUUAGCAAUGAGAUUCGCCAUCGUAUUUCCUGAUGUCUGCUUGAUUAAGUCAGUGUCUUUGUUUAGUGUGUUCAUUCUCAAACAAGCAAUCUGUGAUAAAUGUGCUCAGGUUUCCCCCAUUUUCAAAUAAGAUAGGCAUACAACAAGGGGGUGUGGUACAUGUAUAUACACGAAAGUUUCGGUAUUGUGUUUGAUGCAGAAUUUGAGCUGUGCAUGGUUGCUUUAUUAAAAAUAAAUAAGGAAAUUAAGUACGUGCAUAUACAUACAGCUUGGCUAUCUUUUAAGAAUAUUUUGUAUUACAGACAAAUACUUUUACAUACUGUCCACCUUUUUUUAAAACCUAAUUGAUCAUUAUAUCUUUCUUUUUAAUGUAAAAUCUAGAACUGUAUUCACAAGUACGAUAUUUUGCUCCGAGUAGAUUUAUAUUUUCUGUAGAAAUUUGCAGUCUACUUUUAUUCAUAUUGUACAUUAGUAUGGAUUGUUUUAAUUACAUCUGCUGCAGAGUUCAUGUUUGUAGUUGAUCAUUGUAAGAUGCCUUUAGUUUACGUAUUAUUUUUAUACCGUUCACAUGUAAAAUUUAGUUCCCUUUGUAAUGCGUCUAUCCUGAUAAAUUAUUUUUUGAAAGUUA